AUGUUUCAAUUGCAUGCAGCUUUGUUAUGGACAAUCAGUGACUUUCCUGCCUAUGCCAACUUAUCAGGAUGGAGUACGAAAGGUGAAUAUGCUUGUCCUUGCUGCAAUGUGAAAACUCAAUCAUAUUGGUUGAAGCAUGGUAGGAAGUAUUCAUACAUAAGUCACCGAUAUGUGUUGUCCAACACAAGUUCAGUUGCACCGUUCAUAAGCAAACACCUUGAAGUCAUUAAGAGCAAAAUGCCACGUGCAAGCGAUCAUCAAAUUCAAUCUGAGCAUUUCGAAACAUUCUACACUUGGUUUAAGGACCAUGUUCAGACCUUGCGAAGGACAAGUAAUAUUACAUUUACUGAAGAAAUCAAUAGAUUAGCAGAUGGUCCUCAUAUUAUCAUCCCAACCGAUCGUGUUAGCAAUGAACCUUUUAUAUUAUCAUCCCAAGCCGAGCAAGUUUGGUAUGUUCCUGAUCCUUUGGAACCAGAUUGGCAAGUUGUGGUAAAGAUGUCUCAAAGAGGUCUUUUUGAUAUGAAUUCUAAUGAUGAUCCUCAAGUUGAACCCUAUAUGACUCAACAUUUAGAAGACAACACUGUGCUUCGUGAUGAAGAAAUUGGUUGGGUGAGAGAAGGAAUAGAAGGAGCAACAAUUGAUGUUGAUGAAGAUGGUUGAACUUUAUUUGUGAUU